UAUCUUGUUUUUGGGUGCAGUGGAUCUUGAACACUUGUGAUCUCACUAUAAAUUACAAAGAGACCAAACAACUAAUAGGUGUAUUGUUUCUACUAGACACUUUAAACUUCUUGUUUUGAGAAGAAAUGGAGAGAAAUGUGGUGGCACAAGGUGUUGCUGAGACUACCCUCUCCCCUAGAUGGGGUGGAGGAGAAGGCUUCCAUGUUGAAGAGAAGAAGCUCAGGUUAUUUGGUUUUGAGGUGGAUCCCUACACAAAUGAUGGUCGAUCAUCUAGAGUGUCUGAGGAAGGAGAUGAAAGUGCAAGCUCUUCAAAUACAGUUUUGCCUUGGCAGAAAUCUGUGAAGGAGAAGAGUCAAGUGCCUAACAUGGAUGACAAGAAGUUUGAGUGCCAAUUUUGUUUCAAAGAAUUUGCAAACUCACAAGCACUGGGUGGUCACCAAAAUGCCCAUAAAAAGGAGAGAUUGAAGAAGAAAAGACAACAACUCCAAGCAAGAAAGGCAAGCCUUGCUUGUUACUUUCAACCUUUUCAGAACCACCAUGGUUUCAGUUUCCAUCUACCACCUCCAUGGUUCUAUGAUCCUUCUUCCUGUAUACCUGAGUUUACACUUUUUGAUGAGAACCAAAUCAGUUUCAAUCCCUUUGACCAAAACUCUUACCUUAAUGGUGCUCCUCUCACAAAAUCAUAUGCUUUACCUUCUCUUGUUCCUGUCCCACAAGAUACUUGUAUGUUCACCUUAACACCCACAAACAGUUCUAUCAAGAAAAGACCUCCCUUGAUCAAGCCUUCACCAUUUCCUAUUUCCAAGAGAAGCUGUAAGGGUCUGGAUCCCGUGCUUUAAAUGCUUAGAAGUUUCUGAAAAUCUGUUCUUCACUUGAUACAAGCCAUAGUAUAGGUAUGGCCUAUUAAAGCCAACUGCAAUGUACUGUACAAUUAUUUUAGCAUAAUCAAAGUCUUAAAUGUAUUUUCUGAUAAUUGAUACCUUUUCUC